AUGACCGUCCAGCUCUACGUCGACAAGCCCGUUGCAAAGUCAAAAGAUCUCUACAGUGACUAUGAUCAUGACGACAACGACCAACGAUAUGAACAAAGUGCAGACACAUCACCGUUCGGACAUCCUUUCGCUGGAUAUUUCCUCCCAUACCCCGAUACAAAGUAUGAAGGCCUCGUAUCGACAAUCUCCGAUGACCCGCCCAUGUUGAACUGGAUCUACAUCGACAAGCAGACGUACGAAGUCAAAUAUGGUCUGCGGGUGGACGCUCAACCCAAUAUGACAGGGCCGUGGGACUGCACAAGGCAAGACCACCGAAUGACUCUGGACGGAUGGGAGGGCUUUGUGGUCGUGGAGGAAGACCGGGGAUUGUGGGCGCUAUAUUUCGAUUGCGACGAUGACGGCCUGCGAGCAAAGGUUCCCGAGGGAACGAGGGUAUUGGAAGUCGAGUUGUGGAGGAGGGAAAAGAGAUGGAAAAAGGACCCGGUUCUGCGACAGCAAGAGCAGGCAAAACAAACCACUUGA